GGCGCGUGCAUGCCGCCAGUCUUCUGACCCGGUCUGGCCAGGGCGGAGGGAUACACAUCAACCCUCAACCUUCCCCCACACAACUUCACCUCCACAUUUUCACCUCCACUUUGAGAAUUGUUGCUAUUGAGGUGGUUGGCGGUGACGUGGGCGGCGUGGAGCGUGGGCGUGGAGGGCGGCGCCCACCCUGGCCCCGGGGAACUACUUUGUUUAUGAUUCAAGCUGGGAGGAGGAGGAGAGCCCCGAGAACUGCUGACAGGAACGGAAUGGCUGUCUAAGUGUGCCCUGGCUGACUGGACCUGACCGCUGCGUGCUAAGGGGCGGGCAGGAUGGGCAAACUAUUGAGUAAGAUCUUCGGCAACAAGGAGAUCAGGAUCUUGAUGCUGGGACUAGAUGCAGCAGGGAAGACUACUAUCCUCUAUAAGUUAAAACUGGGCCACUCUGUCACCACAAUACCAACCGUCGGCUUUAACGUUGAAACAGUAGCGUAUAAAAAUGUCAAAUUUAAUGUUUGGGAUGUUGGCGGACAAGACAAAAUCCGGCCAUUGUGGAGACAUUAUUAUACAGGCACACAAGGGCUUAUAUUUGUUGUUGACUGUGCCGACCGUGACCGAGUGGAUGAAGCCAGACAAGAACUUCAUCGAAUUAUUAAUGAUCGGGAGAUGAGGGAUGCCAUUAUACUUGUAUUUGCAAAUAAGCAGGACCUACCUGAUGCGAUGAAGCCUCACGAAAUCCAGGAGAAACUAGGACUAACAAGAAUUCGUGACCGUAACUGGUAUGUCCAACCAUGUUGUGCAACAACAGGAGAUGGACUUUAUGAGGGUCUCACGUGGCUAACUAGUAACCAUAAAUCAUGAUGAUCGGGCGGGGCUUCCAGCUCUUAGCUUCCAUCAUGGGCUCGGCAGACAGAGGUGGCGCCCUGGCCUCACACAUGACCUAGAAAGCAUUUAUAGUUGGAUUUUCAAUGGAGGAGUGUUAGCCAUGUUCCAGAUACUAGUAUUUAGUUCAACAAAGCUGUUGCCAGUGACAAAGUUCAAGACUGUGCAUUGCAUGACCUAAACCCUGAAAAUUGAAAUAGCAUGCAAGGGGGCCUUACUGUGCAAGACACAAGCACCUGUGUGCUGAACACCACAAACUGUGCAUACAACACUGAACUCUGGAUGAUGUAGAUUUUGUGUAACAAAGCUGUGAUGGGUAUCAUCUCUGGCUGCCAAGUGUGAUUUAAGAGAUAGCUUGUAAUCUACAGAAUAUAUAACAAGGGUAUAUCUUUUAUCUGUUUAUUUAAGUAUUAAUUUGUCCACAAAAGACUGCCAAAUGGUUAGAUGAUCUCUAUUAGCCCACAAUAAGUAGAAAGAUUCUCUAUAUUUUUUAUCUUUUCACGUAGUAAACUCCACCUUCAAUAUUUAUGGAGACACCUUUAUUUAAAAAAAGCUUUCAUUAAAAUUCAAUUGAAAGAAGUGCACCGUAGCCUCAGUUAUGCAGGAAAGUAUUGACCAGAAUCACGAUUAUUUAGGAUACGAGAUAGUUUUGAUAUGAAUACAUAAUGGACUACCUAACAUGUUUGUGUAUAGCCAACACACUCAAAUAUCAAGGACUCUGAUCUGUAGAAUCAAUAAGGUUGUGGUUAAGUUUGCCCUAUAUGUAGAAAGACAAAUGGCAUUGAGGCGUGCUGGCUACAAUGGUGCAUUCACUAAUCUUGAUGUUGUAGUGUUCACAAAGGCCUCAUUAGACAAGCUUAGGUAUCAUUUUCAGCUAUUUUUACACUCAUUCUUCCUGUGCACAAAGACACAGCUCGAGCACUGCAAUGUUAUUUUAAUGUAUAUAGGAUCUGUGGUGCUCUCCAGAAGAGGGAGAGCCGCUCAAGAUACCAUACUGGAAGAUGUUUCAAAGUCUAAGAGUCGAAGGGUCCAUUUUGGACUCGUAUCAGGGGUUCAAUCAUUUUCACAUUGUAUAGCUUCAUACAUAUUUAAUGUGUGUGUCAAGAUGUGAAUAUAUGUGUGGGGAAUAGUUCAUUUUUUACACUUGGAUGUAGCUUGAUGAUACGUGGUUAUGUAUAUAAUAUGCAAGUAGAUGGUGCAUGAGAUGCUUCUGUGUAAAUGUAGGCCUGCAGAUACUAUUGAAAAUUAUGAUUUUUUUUCCUUCUAAUUAUUUGGCUUCUUGUGCAUAAUGUUACAUGCUUUCACUUACAUGAUUAUCUUGUGUGAUAGGGUUUAGUCAUGGUGGAAGCAGAGCAGUGAUUGUGACCAAGAUACCGUUAGGUGUAAUACACUUCUCAGGCAUUUCAUGGGUUUUUAAGACUUCCAAAUUGAUUAUAUAUAAAUGAAAGCCUGACUCAGUCGAACAGAGGAUUAAAUCGGGUCACAAUGCAUAGCCCUGUGAGAAACAAAUAACUUCUUACUUUGUUUAAUAAAUACACUCUCACUCACUCACACACUUGCGUGCGCACACACACACACACACAC